AUGGCAGAGGACGUGGCUGAGCAUUUCAAGGAUCUCAUCAAGAUGCAGGACAAAGAGCUGAGGUCUCUGCGGGCCGAGGUGCAGCAGUUGAAAGGCGAGAACAGCGAGCUGAGGAAAUUGACCACGGACGAAGACAAGACGAUCCUCCUGUGGAAGGUGGGGGCACUGACAAAGCAGUGCAAGGCGCUGCAAGCUCAGUGCGACCUGCUUCAGGCAAGCCGCGGAUCUGUGGAGGUGGCCAGGCUACGGGAGCGCCAGCUGCAGCGAGCACAGCGUCAGGAGCUGGAGCAGCAGCUCUCAGUGCUUGCUUUGGCUUUGGAUGAAGCGGAAUCGCAGAAGGAGAAGCUGAUAAAAGAGGAACCCAAUGGCCCUGCUUCGGUGUCUGAGAUGGAUGAGCUUUUGGCAGUACUAACCCAAAUCCAUCGCGCGUGCCCUGAGGAAUGCUCGAAGACGGGUGUCAGCACCUGA